GACAUAUUUCAUUUUUUUUAUCCAUUACCAAUUUAAAUAACUUUUAAAUCAAAUUAGAGUAAAUUUACCUGUAUAAAAUUUAAAACUACAUCAUUAAUUUAUUAAAAAUUCACCUAAUUUGAACUUUGAAAAAGCAAAAAGUGUUAAAUAUUUUGGAGGACAGUGAGAAAUUAAUAUUCUAUUCAUAAUAUUAACAUUAGCUUACUUUCUCUCUGAAAUCAUUCCAUUAUUAUUUGUAUUUUAUUUUCAUUUUUAACUACACCAUACAGUAUCUUUGAAAGUUUAGUUGCAAUAGUAAGAAACCUAUACUUUUCCGACGGCUUGCUCCGCCGUCAACUUCCACAACCUCCCUCUAAAAGUUCCCAAUUCAUUUUCUACUUCCUUUUUUAUUCAAUUUAACUUCUUUUUUUAUUUUUACUUAUGUACCCUAAUGUCUAUAAUACUUGGUCAAGAUUCAAGAUCUGAAGAAAAUUUAGGGAUCAACAACUGUUUUUCUGAUCUUGGUCUUCUCUGUUUCUCAGUUUGGUUCUAGUCUUUGUAAGUUCAGCUUGAAUCUUGACUUUUGAUACUUUGACUCUUUUUAGAUCUUAUGUACAAUUUUUUUGUUUGAUAACUGUCGUGUGGAGACCAGCUAGCAUGCACCUUGAGUAAUUCCACGAAUAAUAGUUAUCAGGCCCGUAAGAAUGUUCCAACUGUAACUCUCUGUGAGUUUUCUUGGUGGAAAUUGGGCUAAAGUUCUGGAUUUUGAGAUGGAGAAAAAUGUAGAGGAAGCACUACAAGCUAAAGCAAAUGCAGAAAGGAAAUUUGCAGAAAGAGAUUUUGCAAGUGCAAAAAAUUAUGCUUUAAGAGCUCAGAUGCUGUGUCCUCAGUUAGAGGGCAUAUCUCAAAUGGUCGCAACAUUUGGUGUUCACAGUGCUGCGGAGAUGAUGGUUAAUGGAGAAUUUGAUUUCUACACGAUACUAGGUAUGGAUCCAUCUGCAAACAGGGCUAAGCUGAAGAAACAAUAUAAGAGGAUGGCUAUGUUACUCCAUCCUGAUAAGAACAAAACUGUAGGAGCUGAUGGUGCAUUUAGGUUUGUCUCUGAAGCAUGGACUGUAUUGUCUGAUCGUGCUAAAAGAAGCUCUUAUGAUCAGAGAAGAAAUUUAUUUACUUUGCAUACUUCUGGUGUUGGAAACUAUGCUAAUUACUCGAACUCUCCAGCUCCUCAUGGCAGGCUCGAUACAUUUUGGACUGUUUGUACCUCUUGUCAGGUUCAGUAUGAAUACCAUAGGAAGUAUGUGAACAAAAGACUGUCUUGUAAGAACUGUCGUGGGGUUUUCAUAGCUGUUGAAACUGGAUUGGCCCCUGUAAAUGGUUCUUAUGCAUUCAGCUCUUGGCCUUAUGUGCCUGAGAACGGAUACAAAAGCCAUGGUUGUGGGGUUACAUAUGUUCCAACAUCACCUGCUUAUUCUGCAAACAGUAGGGUCUCAGGACAUCAUUCUAAACAUGGUUCAGAGCAUACUUCUAAUUUAUCCUUUCAGUGGAGCUCCUACCCUGGAACUUCUGCUGGUGUUAUAGAUCCAAAUGGGUCAUCCACUGGCUUCAGUUUUAUCCAGCAGGCAAAUACGAAAGCCUCUGGAAGAAAAGCUAAUGGGAAGCAAGAACUAACAAAAAUGGUUGCUGAUGGGUCUGUGGGUAGUGAUCAACUGCCCCGCAGGCCUGGUAGGCCUCCUAAGAAGAGAAAAAUUGAUAUGGAGAGUGCAAGUGGUUACAGUAAUGGGGAAGUGGCCUCAAAAGCUGCUGCAGAAAUCAUAAUGGCAGAUGGAAAUGGGAAUGAGAAUUUGAAGAGAAAUGCUAAGCUUCCUGCUCCUGAAGUCAGAAGGUGGCCUAUGGCUCCUGCAUUUGAUCCAAGACCGUUGUUAAUUGAGAAGGCAAGGACAGAUAUCCACAAGAAACUGGAAGAGAUCAGGUUGGCUUCAGAAACUGUUGCUGCAGAGCCUGAGAAAAAGAGAAAGGCACACGCUCAAUUUGGUGAAUCGAGUGAAAGACCUAAAAGAGAAGGUCUAGGUCUCGCUGCUCAUCAAUCAGAUAUGAGGAAAACUGGGUCCUUGAUUAUGACUGUCCCAGACUCUGACUUCCAUGAUUUUGACAAGGAUAGAUCAGAGGAUUGCUUCAAGCCGAAGCAGAUAUGGGCUUUAUAUGAUGAGGAAGAUGGUAUGCCUCGCUUGUAUUGUCUGAUCCGCCAAGUUCUCUCUGUGCAGCCCUUCAAGAUUCACAUCAGCUACUUAAGUUCAAAAACAGAUAGUGAAUUUGGGCUUGUCAAUUGGUUGGAUUCUGGUUUUACCAAGUCAUGCGGAAAAUUUAGGGCCUUCAAUUCUGAAACAAUUGAGCAAGUCAACAUAUUUUCUCAUCUUUUAAGUAGGGAGAAGGCUGGAAGAGGAGGUUGUGUUCAGAUCUACCCAAAAAGUGGAGACGUUUGGGCCAUAUAUCGAAAUUGGUCGCCAGAUUGGAACAGGAAAACCCCAGAUGAAGUGAGGCACCAGUAUGAAAUGGUGGAGGUCCUUGGUGAUUAUUCUGAAGAUUUUGGAGUUUGUGUUACUCCUUUGGUCAAAUUAGAUGGAUUCAAGACAGUAUACCGACGAAACAUGGACAAGGAUGCCAUUCGACAGAUUCCAAGAAGAGAGAUGUUACGAUUUUCACAUCAGGUGCCAUCCUGUUUACUGAAAAGCGAAACAAUGAACUUGCCAGAGGGGUGCUGGGAGCUUGACCCUGCUGCUACUCCAGAUGAUUUACUUCAAGGGGUAAGUAACAUACAGGAGGAAAGAUUUGUUCAAGCUGAAAGGUCUGCGGGAGUUGAUCUAGAUGAAACAUCUCAGGCUGAAACCAGAAUAUUGGUUGAACAAGAUCUUAGACAACAAGAGUACUCUGCUGUUCCUGACAUGUUCAAUGGGGCUACACCUUGCUUGCAAAUUCAAGAAAACUCGAAUGAACAGCAAACCCCGUUCGGACCCUCCACCGAGCUUCCUCAUUCUAUUAGGCAAAUUCAUACUUGUGAGGAACCAAGCAAAGUGGACAAUCACAGUGCUACACCAGAUGAGCAUCUUUGGGCUGUGAUGAAUGAGUAGGUAAAGGAAAGGCCAAGAGAAAUAGGAAAUUUUAUUCAGAGGUCCUUUUUUCAUCAUCAUUCUAACAGUUUUGAGAUUCAGAUUGUAUAGAAUUAUACAUAGCGCAGGAUGAUUCUCAAAAUUAGAUAGCUGGCAGGAUCCAAAGUGAUCCGUAGACUGUGUAACACUUGCACUCAAUUGUUUUAGGUUGCUAUAGGUUAAUGAGUGACUUGUACUGAUAAUUCUGAUUCAUAUCCUUUACAGAAGUUUUCCGAUUCA